CCGAGGAUCACUGUCGAUAUUGACAGUCGGCCGCAAAGUUCAGAUGCGAUAGAUCAGGCGAAGAUCAACCUGUCGCGGCACGAUCUCGGUCGUUACUGUUCAGCUUUGGCCUAUUUGUGUGCCGGGUCGAGCAUCUGUCAGAAAAGGCCACUUAGAGCAGCGCCCGUCGCUCGCAGUUCGAAAGGAAGUGCAAUAUGCUCGGAAUUGUCCACAAGCUUGUCUCUGUCCUAGUUUUUGGCACCCCGACCGCCCUACAAACCACAUCUGGUGAUAUCUACGGAGGCAAGACGCUGGCUGGUAUCACCAAUUUCACAGUCGUUCCCGGCAUCUUCAUACAAGACGAUCCGAGUUUCAAUUCAUCAGGGUACGACCUUCUCCAGGAUAGCUUUGGGCUUAUCGACAAGUCCCCGAACAGGUGGAAGAACCUCGAAGCUCAUGUCACACAGCUGAAUAAAGAGGCGGACGCUCAUACUACGUACAAGCUUAUUUAUAUCGCACGGCAUGGGGAGGGGUUCCAUAAUCUCGCGCAGAGCAUCUACGGAACACCAGCAUGGGACUGUCGUUGGAGCUUGCUCACCACUGAUGGAAAUAUCACUUGGGGACCUGACGCCUUGCUCGACAGCACAGGUAUCUCCCAAGCUGAGGCUGUGAAUCGCGCCUGGAAGGAGCAGAUCAAAGAUGGAGUACCCCUUCCUCAAACACUCUAUUCUAGCCCGCUUCGUCGCUCUGCAUCUACUCUCAAUAUCACAUGGCAUGACAUCUUGUUGAAUAGAGGUCACGUUCCGCGAAUCAAGGAGAAUUUCCGUGAAAGCAUCGGAUUGCACACUUGUGAUCAGAGGAGCAACAUUUCAGUCAUCCGCAAAACCUAUCCUGGUUGGCAGAUCGACCCUUCAUUUCCAUUCCAUGACCCUCUCUGGGAUCCUACAUAUCAAGAAACAGACACCUUAAUCGGACGAAGGGUACGGCAAGAGCUUGAAAAUCUUUUCGCCGAAGAUCCAUCCACGUUUCUCAGUAUCACAUGCCACAGCGGUACUAUUUCUGGAUUCUUUCUCGCUAUUGGACAUCGAAUGAUUGGCGUUCAGACGGGAGGAUUCGUCCCUGUACUCGUCAAAGCUACAAAUUGCCCGACUGCAACCAUGCAACCCAUUUCGGGUGGGCAAUCAGCCACUGCGCCAGCAUGUACUGCGGAUUCGACAUCCCUAUGAAAGUCGCCAAGACGACACUCGAAGGGUGCCUGAAGAGCUGGCAAGCACAUCGCACGUGCCUCUUGAAACAAGGUACUCGAGGAUAGUGAAUCACGACCGUGGGCAUUAUGCCACUGAGCUGUCUGUCGUCGAUAUGACAUUCACCAAGCUCAAAUCAGAUCCUCGUAGCUGUUGCAGAGCGCCAGACCAUGCCUAUCAUGCAGUGGUCUGAUCCGUUGCUCGUGAUCCCCUGGCUCCCCAUGCAAUGUCCGACGUCGGACAUGUUCUGCCGUAAUUUCCCGUCCCCCACUCUGGGCCCGACGCCCCGAGAUUUCCGCUAGUGACUAGCUGAGAGAUACUCCACCUUUCAUUGCACGUGUAUG